AUGCCGCGAGGGUCUAUGUAUGGAGCCCCUCCCAGGGGCCAGUGUCCAAGCGCCAAGCACUUUCCCCAGUCCAUCUCCCCUGUCAACUCCUCAAUCUUUCAACCAUGCGGGGUGGUCCCAGUCGGCACGAUUCGACAGCGGGAUCUCCAGGAAAUGAACGUCCCAAAGAAAGCAGCACCAGGAACCACAGAGAAUCUUCGGUUCCAGAUCGCGAGCGAACCUCCAGAACUCGAGACUCCGAUCGAGAUCGGCACAGGUACCGGGAUCGGGAUGGUCGAGAUAAAGACGGUGAACGGAAUCGAGAGCGUGGAAAAGAAUACUUCGAUAGGGACCUUGACAGAGAUCGCGAUCGAGCCAGAGACCGAGACCGAGACCGGGACAGCAAGCCCCGAAACUCCGAUCGCCCAGUCCGAGAUUCUACUAAUGUCGGGGAUAGAGAUCUCGUUCCCGCUCUCCUGGCGAGUCGCCGGGUCCGAGUAG